UUGAGGGGGGAUCAAGCAGAGGACUGACGGGAACCGAAAGUUGCCAUGAGGAGGUUCCAUACAUGAGAACAGUAGGGCGACAGUAGUAGCGAGAAACCACAAUUCUUGGACGGGAUCACAUUGCGCUGUGUGCUCGAUCCGGCUCGACCCGGCGCCUCUCGCAUCUUUCGAAGACUGCGAUCUUGAGAGUUCUGUGGGUCGCUAUCAACGAGACUUCUGACGUCGUUUUGCUUGGGUCCCUGUAAUCGAAAUUAUCAACAUGCCUGUGCGGCAACUUUUGGAAGUAGGAUCGCCUGGCCCAGUGCGCUACAUUGUGGGAGCGUUGAUUAUGAUGAUCGGAGUUGUGCUUCCGGUCGGGUUUAUGAUGUUCAGAACUAAGCGAGUGCCAAGCUCCUCCGGAUACUCAAAGCAGACUUUCUUAUAGGUGGGACGAAAGUUGAGAGAGGCACAAACUUGAAUGGAAACAUGUGUUUGAAUGUUCUUAUGUUGCCCUGGCAGCCAUGAAAAGCCCAGUCAUGAUCAAUAUAUCGGCUUCAGGCCUAGAGCUGUCCAGUUUCAUAAUCACACGUAUUUAUUUCAUUCUUCCCCUGUAAACUGGCCUUAUUGCCGGAGUUGGUGCUUUCAUACAUAAAGGUCUCGACUUUCGAACCAUACAUAAGGAAGGGAUUUGCAGUGCAAGAGAACAAGUAGUCAAACCCUGGAUGAGAGGCAAUGCGCACAGCUCAUAGUCAAUUGCUAGGAGCGUUUUGAUUUCCGUUGUAUCUCCUGGAAACUAGUUAGUAUCCUUGCACACGUAAAUAGACACCAAGACUUGCUUGGAAUCUCAAUAGGAAAUGAAUCCCUCAGUUGUCACAAUCCAUAUUCUGUUGCAAACGAGGAAUGAAAAGUUCCGGCGGGGCGUAUGGUGAACAGGCGUCUAUAAUUUGGCCAUGAAGUAGACGAGUAUAUGUAAUGAAGAUGGUUUCUUGUCUGAAAAAGGUGAGUACAAAUUGUGUAUAGGAAAUGACGUACCGUAUCCUUAAAGGAGAGAUGGAUGGAGUAUAACUUGUGCACUCUGCGCAAGAGGUACAAAUAUACCCAAAGCCUCGAAAGGACUAGUGACAUUAUUGUAUACGCUAUCGAUUAGAAUUUUUUGAACUGUUGAUUCACUUUGUGUGCUACAAAUCUGGCAAUGUAAAAGUGUUAA